CCCCCCCACCUCUCUAUUUGCGUCUUUGCUUAUCUCCCUCAUGGGUCCCGUUAGCAUCCUCCUGCCCCAAAGGUAGCGCCGCGAGAGGGUGCUUGUGACAAGGACGUCGGCGCCCUGUCUCGGCCCGUAUGACAAGCGAGCGGCGCUCUUGCGGCCCGUGAGGGAGUCUCGGGAUGAGGCGCUCGCCUUAAUGCGCACCCGGCUCACUGCUGUGGAUCUGCGGAAGGAGGGCGCAGGUGAGGAGAAGAAAAGGGUUUCCCCAAUGUUGGGAAAAGUCAGGGCUGAAGGAGAAUGUCUUUAUUUAAAGCCCGUGACUGGUGGUCUACAGUAGUGGGCAACAAAGAAGAAUUUGAUCAAGGAUGCUUAUGUGUUGCAAAUGUUGACAAUAGCAGCAGUGGACAAGAUAAAAUAAUUGUGGGCAGUUAUACAGGGUUCCUUAGAAUCUACAACCCCCAUCCUAUAAAACCUGGAGAUGCUGUGCAAGCUGAAGAUUUGCUUUUGGAAGUGCAGUUACCUGAGCCAAUACUUCAAGUGGAAGUAGGAAAAUUUGUUUCUGGUAUAGAACUGUUACAUCUGGCUGUAUUACACCCUAAAAAAUUGUGUGUAUAUGCUGUCUCAGGAAGCCUGGGAAACAUUGACCAUGGGAACCAAUAUCAGCUAAAGCGUAUGUAUGAACACAAUCUUCAGAGAACAGCCUGCAACAUGACUUACGGGCCAUUUGGAGGCAUAAAAGGUCGCGACUUGAUCUGUAUACAGUCUCUGGAUGGAAUGCUUAUGUUAUUUGAACAAGAAAGCUAUUCAUUUGGCCGUUUUCUACCUGGUUUUCUUCUUCCUGGUCCACUGACAUAUAGCUCUCGAACAGAUUCCUUCAUUACCGUCUCUUCCUGUCGGCAAGUUGAGAGUUACAAGUACCAAGUGCUUGCAUUUGCAAAAGACGCUGAGACCCAAGAAAAUGAGCAACAAAAGCGUGGGUCAGGAAAAAGGCUUGUGGUUGACUGGGUUUUAAACAUUGGAGAACAAGCGUUGGAUAUAUGUGUUGUUUCCGUCAAUCAACUUGUUUCCAGUGUGUUUGUGCUUGGGGAAAGAAACUUCUUUUGCCUUAAGGAUAAUGGACAAAUUCGAUUCAUUAAAAAGCUUGACCACAGCCCAAGUUGCUUUCUUCCAUAUUCAGUGUCUGGAGCCGUAGUUAACACUCUAAUUGGAAACCACAGUAACAUUCUACAUGUUUAUCAAGAUGUGACUCUAAAGUGGGCAGCUCAGCUUCCCCACAUUCCUGUGGCAGUAAGAGUGGGGAAAUUACUAGAUUUGAAAGGUGUGAUAGUCACACUGAGUGAUAGUGGUGAUCUACAGUGCUCCUACCUUGGUACAGAUCCAUCUUUAUUUCAAGCUCCAAAAGUUGAGGCUCGGGAUAUAAAUUAUGAAGAAUAUGAUGCAGAAAUGAAUAAACUUCAGAAAAUCAUUAAAGAAGCCAGAAAAAUCAAAGACAUUGUGCCUAAAAUGGAAAAAAAUGAAGAUUUUGCACUUCUUGUGAUGGUCUCACCUGAUCUUGAUUCAGUGUCUCAAGCCAUUGACAGUGAAGUAAAAGCAGAGGUGGUUCCUUCUGUGACAGUAAAGAUCACUGUGGAGGGCAAACAGCUGACACUUGCGAAAUUAUCAGUAUGCGUUCAACCUCCUUUAGCUUUGACUCAUGAUAAAUUCACCUUGAAAUUAGAGUCAUCUGUAUCUAAAACAGUUGUACUCUCUGCCUUUCUAAAGGGGAAUAUCUCACCAGCAGAUCUGGAAGGUACUGCUCUAGCUUCAUAUAACACAGCAACAGGUGCACCAAGAGUUUCCCAGUGCAAAUUUCGAUUACCGUUGCGGUUAGUUUGCUGUCCAGCUCAUCCUUCAAAAAGUGCAAGCCAGAAGUUAACUAUUGAUACCAACAAGCCUCCAGUCAGCCUUGUUACCCUUUUCCCAGACUUUGCUGAUGAGGCUGAUGAAGACCAACUAAAUGCUUUAGGAUUUCAAUUAUUAGGUGGCUCCCGAGUCACAUUACUUGCUUCAAAAACAUCGCAGCGCUACAGAAUUCAGAGUGAGCAGUUAGAAGACCUUUGGCUAAUUGUGAAAGAACUCACUGUUCGUCUUGAAGAACAUUUCAGGAAACAAAACUGCAAAGACUUUGCAUGUACUUUUUCUGGCCCAAUCCCCUUACAAGAAUAUUUUGAAAUAAUUGAUCAUCAUUUUGAGCUGCGCUUGAAUGCUGCUAAAUAUGAGCAACUAUUAUCUGAACGAGCCGUACAGUUUAGAGCUAUUGAACGACGACUGCUGACACGGUUUAAAGAUAAAACCCAAGCUCCUCUACAACAUCUGGACACCUUGUUAGAGGGAACUUACAGACAGGUAAUAGCUCUAGCAGAUGCAGCUGGAAAAAAUGAAGCCAAUAUGUUCCAGGCGUUCACAAAGUUAAAAAGUGCCACCCAGCUGGUAAUUCUGCUGAUUAGCCUGUGGCAGAAACUGAGUGCUGACCAAGUUUCUAUUCUACAAGCUACAUUUUUGCCAUUAACACAGGAUACUCAAGAGCUGGGCUGGGAAGAAACUGUGGAUGCUUCUGUCUCUCACUUGUUGAAAACGUGUUUGUCCAAGAGUUCGAAAGACCACGCACUGACACUUACCAAUCAGUUGUGUAUCCCCAAGGACACUAAUAAACUGAAGAAACACAUAACCUUGCUCUACGAUAGAUUGGCCAAAGGGGGUCGGAUGUCUCUAAAUACAGACUUUGACUCUCAGCAGACGAUGAUUCCAGCAGGAGCCUGUACUACCAUCCCAGAGGAAAGACCACCCUCACCAGACUCUACAACAUUGUUUACCAACCACAGGCACCUCACCAAGCAGGAGACUGAAACUGAUUUGCCACAGGAUGAAUUACAGGAAGCAGAAAAGCCAUGAAAAGCGCAAGGGAACCCUCAGGAGGAUUUUUAAAAUCUGUGCAUUUACAAUCCAGCAGGAACAAUUUAUUUUCCUCUGUAGUGAACACAACCAACCUCAAGAAGGACGUCCACUAACAGUGCAAAAUGCUUACAAUUGCAACCAGGCACUGGUUAUCCCUUACUUUGACACACUUUCUUAUUAACAGGUUCUGGACCACUUACCAAGCAGUCAUAUAUGUAUGGGGUUAUAAGUGCUCUUUAGAAAUUCUGAUGAUCAAAGACUUUAUACACCAAGAAAUGCACGUUCGCACACAAACAUUUCAUGUGUAGAUCUCAAUUUUUAGGCCCCUCACUGCCCAGUCUGACUUGAGGAUUGUUAAUGUUGCCCUAAUGUUACAGCUUUGAUAAAAGUUAACAAUCUCCCUAUCCCCCUUCAGCUCAUGAACUAUGUUACUGGACUUACCAUUUAAUAUCCUCAAUAAUACACGUUUCCCUUUUCCGGCUCCCUCCUGAUGUUAUUCUUGAUAGUAAAAUCUUCAAACCUGGCUUUUGGAAGUCCUGAAACUCAGGGAUAUAAAAAUGAGACUAGUUUAAUUAUUCAUUUAUGCCUCAACCAUAUAUUUUACAGAAUUCCAAAAUCUGAUAUACACCUGGCAUCUUGGUAGGCAGAUUCAGAGAGUGUAUUUUAUUUUAACUAUGUAACUUCAUUGCACAUAUGUGCCAGUCUCAACUUUCAGGGUUCAAUCCUAAAAUGUUGGUGUUUGGAUAUGAAAUAGCAGAUUUCAUACAAUCUAGAGUUUGAGAGUUGCAGCCCUAAAACAUCAGGCAUUGGCUCUAAAAUUGUGUAUUUUAUAUAUGAUAACGUGCACAAGAAAGCAUUUGAAAGGACUAAUGACGUCAAGAUGAAAAUAGGGUUAAUUCAGGAACAUGUACCGUUGUGUGAAAAUAACUCAGGUCUGGCUCCAGUGCUACAUACUUUAAUUAAGGCAUAUGCUUCUACUUUUGUUUUGGUCUAGUCGGUGCACCACAGAUUACAAAAUGAACAAGCCACUGAAAGUAUCAAUCAAGGAUUGGGUGUAGAGAUAAGUACCACCUGACCCACCUCAGAGUAAGCAUAUAUUGUUGGAAAGGACUAAGUUAUGGGCAAAAUACAGCCUGUUAAUUGCUUUAAAAUAAGUAUAUGCUUAACUCUUUCACUGAAAUAAAUGGGACUUAAAUAUA